AUGGCCACCUCCACAGCGGGCCUAUGCGCCGCGGUGCGCCGCGCGCUGGGCGACGACCGGCUCGUGCAGCACUGGUCCGUGGAGACGGACUCGGGCGCGAGCGCCUUCGUGCUCUUCCGCGCCGAGGCGGACGCGCUGCACGUGAGCGCGCUCGUCAAAAACGACGGCUACGUGCGCGCGUCGCUCGACGACGCGGCGCUCGCGGCGAUGCGGGACGACUUGCCCUUCGAGUACGACGACGACAACGGCGCCAACGGCUUCGCGGCGGACCUGGCCGCGGCGCUGCGCGCGCGGCCGCGCCUCGCGUUCGCGGCGCCGGACGACCCGGUGCGACUCGAGCUGCGGUUCGAGGACGGGGGGACUGUUCUCACGGCCGGCUUCCCGCUCGCCCGCAACACGAGCAACCUCUACGACGACCUCGUCUCCCACUUCGAGCCCCGGGCGCCGGGCGGCGGCGGCGGCGACGACGCGCCGGCCGCGGCGCCGACCGGCGGGAAGCGCGGCGGCUUCCAGCCGUCGCGAUUCGUCGUCAAGGAGAAGAAGAAGCCGCGGCGGUAA